AUGGAGGGGGAAGAGCUGACGCUGCUCCUGGUCCGGGUGAUCAUGUCCGGCAUCAGCCUGGUGGCCUGUCUCCUCAUGCUCGCCACCCUAUGCGGCUUCCGCAAGUACCAGACCGUGGCUGGUCGGCUGGUAAUGGUCCUGACGUCGAUGGUGGGCGCCUCCGCAUCGGUCAACCUCCUCACUCCGUUGGUGCACCUCAACGCCGGCCUGUGCAUCUUCCAGGGCGUCGCCAUGCAGUUUGCGGAUUCGGCGUCGGGUGUGUGGACUGUGAUCAUCGCCGUCAACGUGUUCCUCAUCGUCGUGGCCAACUAUCGCGAGACCGACAAAUUCGAGGUGUGGUACCACGUGGUGGGCUGGCCCAUCGCGGUGGUGUUCACCGUGCUGCCGGCGACCACGACCAGCUACGGGGAGACGGCCAUCUGGUGCUGGAUCCGCAGCGACGCCACGCUGGGCAACGUGUGGCGCUUCGCCUGCUUCUACGUGCCGCUGUUCGUCUGUCUCCUGGCCAUCGCCGCGCUCUACCUGCUCAUCUUCCUCCGGCUCUCUCACACCUUCGCCGAGCUGCCGGGCUCGGCCAAGUCGGCCAAGGUGGUCGAGAACGAGCGGCGCAUGCUUCGCUCGCUGGCGGCCUACCCCCUCAUCUUCCUCUUCGUCUGGCUCUGCCCCACCAUCAACCGAAUCUACGGCUGGGCGUCGGGGGAUGACGAGGUGUUCGGGCUUCUGCUCGUCCAGUCGUUCACCGUGGGCUCGCAGGGCCUCCUCAAUUCCCUGGCCUAUGGCCUCGACUCGCACACCCGGAGGCGGCGCAGGAAGCAGCGACCAGGCCGUCAGCUGUCCCACUUCCGACAGCGCCGCACUGUGCGUGCCAGCAAGGCCAGCACGGCCUACGUUCUGCUCUCCGACGACGACGAUGAAGUCAGUGACGGCGACGAUGCCGCCACGGCGUACACCACGAUAACGACUGAUGAACUCUCCUCCUCCACCACUUCCUCCUCUACCUACUCCUCUUCCACCUCAUCUGCUCGAUCAGAACCAUGA